AUGGAUGAUUUUAUAAAUGAUGAAAUAAACUCAACUGAUGAAAAUGAACCAGUUUUACUCGAAAUUAAUGAUUUAAUAAAAACAAAAUGGAGGAAAAAUAGAGGUUCCAGAAAUAUAUAUUUGAAUUCAAGUGUAUAUUAUUACAGACCACAAUUGGCAAGACAUAAUAAUGUCGAUGAUUUAGGCGAUUACAAUGAUAGUGAAAGAGAUGAUGAGUGUUUACUUUCCCAUGAAAAAAUUUCAAAUCAUGUAAAUAAAGAAAAUUAUGAUAAAAAAUCGUUCAUAUAUUAUUUCAAAUUAAUAUUUUUACGCUCAAAAUUAACAAAUUAUUAUGAACAAGGAAUUAAUAAAAUGAAAAAUGUUUUUACUAGCGACAAAAAAAAAGAAAAUAAUUUUUUUGAUUAUUCAAAUAAUUUCCCAUCUGAAUAUUUGAAUAUAUUAGCAACCCGUUUAUAUUAUUCAAAAAUUACGAAAUAUUUAUAUUUUUUUGUUAUUAUCUUAAAUAUUUAUAUCCUCAUGACUACUAUUUUUACUCAAAUGAUGAGUAAAUUUGUUGUUAUUUCAGAAAUUUUUGUGAUAAUCAUGUUAUUAAUAGAAGUCUUAUUGCGACUAACAACACAGGGAAGCCGUUAUUUUUACCAUUUCGAUGGUUUGUUUGAUGUAAUAAUAACCAUUAUGUGUUUCCUUUUGCUGAUAAGUAGUGGAGAUUUAAAAGUAUUUUAUGCAGAUAAUACUGUUAAAACAAAAAAAAGCGAAAUUGAAGAAAUUAUUUCUCAGAGUUUAACAAUCUUGCGUUUUUCACUUCAAUUUUUUCGAACUAUAACUCUUUUUAUGCAUUGCAAAAGAACCGAGGAACCCGUUGAGAAAAUAGAUUUUUCGUUACUAAACUUGCCAAAUGAUGAUGCAUAA